CAGACAUGAUCCCUUUUUCUCCCUGAGGAACUGACCAAUCAGCAGUCAGGAUGAUGCCAAAGCAGUUGGCUCAGACGUCUCCAGGUAGUGUUUUGUCUCUGAGAGGCCCCAGCGUCCCGGGAUCGCCUGCAGCCGCCAUCGUGGCCAGAGUGGACGAUGGAGUCAUCGGCUAUAAGGACUUGGCAGCGUUGCCGACAGAUAAAGCCAUUCUGGACAUCGAGAGACCUGAUCUGAUGAUCUACCAACCGCACUACUGCUACAGUCCUCUGGAGAGGUCUCUGUCUCCUCGCUCCAUCUCUCCUCCUCUCUCUCCAGAGAACCUCUGCAAGGAGGCCCGGGAAUGGCUGGAGAACCGGUCUCCUGGAGGUUCCUCUCCUUGUUCCACCAUCCAGAGUAGCAGAACCCACAGCGGACACACACCUCCAACACCCAACACACACAUCACACACACACUCUCCUCUGGAACCAAGAUCAGCAUGCAGCACUUCCACAGACCAGAAAAUGGCUCCAACAUCUAUAAGAAGCCUCCCAUCUAUAAACAAGAUGUGUCGUCUCCACUGUCUCUGGGGAAACACAUCGAGGAUUUGAUCAUUGAGUCCUCAAAGUUCCCGGCAGCUCAGCCUCCAGAUCCAAACCUGCCAUCUAAGAUAGAGACAGAGUACUGGCCCUGCCCCCCCUCUCUGGCUGUGAUUGAGAAGGAGUUGAGGACGAGGAGUCAGAAGGAUGAAGAGGAGGAAGACGGAGAGCUGGACGAUGAAAUCUGGGGCCUGAGAGCGCUUCAGACUCAAGAGCUCAACAAGAUUCAGUCUAAUCUGGGAAAAAUCAUCCUGAAGGAAGAGCUGGGGAAGUCUGCAACUCCUCUGAGGAGGAAAACCAGAUCACUACCAGACCGCAGCCUACACACUGGCUCCAACGCCUCCAGGUCCGUAUAUUUCCCAGCAUCCUCUAGGACGGGCCUGUCCAGGCUGCAGUCGGCAGAGUUCAGCUCGUCUGACAAAAGUCCUGCAGGUGUUCAGAACGGAGACUCGAGGAUGGACAGAGGAAACUCUCUGCCCAGCAUGUUGGACCUGAAGAUCUUCCCAUAUGAGACGCUGGUGGUGACUCACAGAGGACGACGCAAACUUCCUCCAGGAGUGGACCGGACCAGACUGGAGAGACACCUCUCCCAGGAGGAGUUCUUCAGUGUUUUCGGGAUGUCCAUCGAGGAGUUUGACGGCCUCUCUCUGUGGAAGAGGAACAACCUGAAGAAGAAGGUGUGUCUCUUCUGA